GAAAUUAUUCAAAGUAUGAAAAUUACUUUUGAGGAUAGAAGGAAAAAUUGUCCUAAAAUACUCUCAUUGUAUCCUCGAUUUGUGGAUAUUCCGUAUCUUAUCAAUGUGGAGUUCAAUUUGAUGCAUCCAAAACUCGAAAUCAAAAAAUUUUGUUCUGAAAAAAUUUUUAAAGAAGCCAAAAAACACAAUAUUGAUUUUACAGCUAAUGAAGAAACUGUUGUAGAUUGGGACUUUACUACAAAUGCAUAUUUGAUGCUUUUGAAAUUUCUACCGCCUCCAUCAAAUAGUAAAAAGAAAGAAAUUAAUUUCUCAAUAACAAUUGAUCGUUUAAUCAUUUUUCAUAAGCAAGGCAAAAUAUUGUCAGAUAUAAAAUUAGAAGGGACGCAACCAGUUCUGAUAGCGAUUGGUGAAAAUAAAACCACGAUCAGCCAUUAUUAUAUUGCUUUGGAUGAAAAAUUCAUACCAAUCGAUGCAAAAACGAUUUUCACUGUUACUUUAUGA